AUGGCAUCAAAUAAUAAACUCGAGUAUGCAAAAAAGGCCGUUAUUUCCGCAUUGAAUUUACUUCAUGAUAACGAUGUUGUUCAUCUUGUCGCAUACGAUGAUAACGUUUGGACUGUGUUUGAAAAUGCACGUGCAUCAGCUCGUGAAACUCUUGCAUCUGUUGUGAGUGGGAUUCAGACUGGUGGGCAGACAAACUUAUCUGGUGGUAUCAAAACGGGUGCCGAUCUCCUGGCGAAACAUGUAUAUCCGGAAUAUUCUAACCGUAUGUUUGUGUUGUCCGAUGGAUUAGCCAAUGUUGGAUUAAAAACUCAAGACGAGAUACGAUUUAUGGUGAAAAACUAUAACAAACAAGGAAUCAUAAUCGAUUCGUUUGGUAUUGGUGAAGACUUUGAUGCUGCUAUUAUGAAGGGAAUUGCUGAAGCUGGAUAUGGGCAAUUCUUCUUUCUUGAAACGGCAGAAGUUAUCGAAUCCCUGAUGAUGAAAGCACUCCAGAGUGUGUUUGACGUUUGUGGAACACAGGCUCAACUAAUUGUACGGGGCCGUAAUAACACAAUCGUAACAAAAAUAUGGGGUUAUGAAAAUGUUGCAUGUGGUGCGAACAUCGGUGACCUUCAUGCCGAGAAUCUUCGCGUAUUGCUGUGCGACUUUACAGUUUCUGGAACCGUCCCCGAGGGUACAGAAGUUGAGGUUCUUGACUAUCAAUUAAAGUACAACCAACCUGCUAAUGUUAAUAGUGAGCCAUCGAUAGUUAGCGGUACCCUGACUGUGAAGUUUGUAAAUGAUGAAUCACUCGUCCAACAAGUCGACCCCAGAGUAAAAACUUUACAUGCAGUUCAAGUUGCAGCAGAAAUGGAUGACAGAAUUGCUCAACUAAUAACGGAAAGAAAGAGAACUGACGCUGUUGCACUCAUUAAUGAGCAAAUCGCGCUCCUCAAAGCGGUUGAGAACUUGGAUGACGAGAAAGGCAUGAUUCGGAUGCUCGUCGGAAUGGCAGAAGGCAUGCAGCAGCGAUUGAAGGACCAAACCGUGAGCGAAGAAACUGCUGCCAAACAUUAUGGGCACCAUGGCCAUAUGAAAAAGUGUCACGAUUAUAAAUACACAAAGCACUACGGCGAAUAG